GGCGCAGGGGCCCCGAAGUUCCGGAGUCGGGGUCGAAGAGGGCACCGUGCGAGGGGUUCCCAAAGUUCCGGACCCGGCGUUGGAGGAGACUGCGGUGUCCCCGACGUUCCGGGCCUGGGAGAGGGAGGCGGCACGAGGGGAUCCCGAAAUUCCGGACCCGAGGCUGGAGGGGUGGCAGGGAAUCCCCGAAAUUUAGCAGUCGGAGGUGGCGCGAGGGAUCCCCGAAGUUCUGGGGCUGGCGUUGGAGGAGGCGGAGAAUGUGUCCCCGAAGUUCUGGACCCGGAGUUGGGGGGCGUUGCGCCCGUCUCGGAAGUUCCCUGGUCGAGGGUGACACUUCCCGAAGUUGGGGCGCGCAUUGGGCGCCCCGCUUCUGACGCGGAUGGGAACUGCUUCCUUACUGAAUAUCAGGCCCCCCGGACUGGGACGCAUGGGGUGGGGCUUCGCCCCCACACGCGAUUGGGGAUCCUGGGCACCGGGCGGGGUCGGGGCCUCCUUCGGGAGCCCCGCGGCCCGAGGCGUCUGAGGCACGUGACUAGUUGAGGCUGAAACCACACCUCCUGCCAUCCUUCUGACUGCCUCUUGGAGCCCACCCAGCCCAGCCUGACCAAUGUCCACAGCCAGGGAGCAGCCCAUCUUCAGCACAAGGGCGCACGUGUUCCAGAUUGACCCGGCCACCAAGCGGAACUGGAUCCCAGCGGGCAAGCACGCGCUCACUGUCUCCUACUUCUAUGAUGCCACCCGCAAUGUCUACCGAAUCAUCAGCAUUGGGGGUGCCAAGGCCAUCAUCAACAGCACUGUCACCCCCAACAUGACCUUUACCAAAACCUCCCAGAAGUUUGGACAGUGGGCAGACAGUCGUGCCAACACUGUCUAUGGCCUCGGCUUUGCUUCUGAGCAGCAUCUGACCCAGUUUGCUGAGAAGUUCCAGGAAGUAAAGGAAGCAGCGAGGCUGGCAAGGGAGAAAUCUCAGGAUGGCGGGGAGCUCACCAGUCCAGCCCUGGGACUCACUUCCCACCAGGUGCCCCCAAGUCCUCUCGUCAGCGCCAACGGCCCCGGCGACGAGAAACUGUUCCGUAGCCAGAGCGCGGACGUCCCCGGCCCCGCAGAGCGCGAGCGGCUCAAGAAGAUGCUGUCCGAGGGCUCCGUGGGCGAGGUGCAGUGGGAGGCCGAGUUCUUCGCGCUGCAGGACAGCAACAACAAGUUGGCGGGCGCCCUGCGAGAAGCCAACGCCGCCGCCGCCCAGUGGAGGCAGCAGCUGGAGGCCCAGCGUGCAGAGGCCGAAAGGCUGCGGCAGCGGGUAGCAGAGCUGGAGGCCCAGGCAGCCGCGGAGCCACCCUCAGUCAGUGAGAAGGAAGGGCCAGGCCAGUCACUGGAGCAGCUGGAGGCGCUAGUGCAAACCAAGGACCAGGAGAUCCAGACACUGAAGAGUCAGACCGGUGGGGCCCGCGACGCCCUGGACGCCACCGAGCGCGAGGAGACACAGCAGAAGGUGCAGGACCUGGAGACCCGCAAUGCCGAGCUGGAGCACCAGCUGCGGGCAACGGAGCGCAGCUUGGAAGAGGCGCGGGCCGAGCGGGAACGGGCACGGGCUGAGGUGGGCCGGGCCGCACAGCUGCUGGACGUCAGGCUGUUUGAGCUGAGCGAGCUGCGGGAGGGCCUAGCCCGCCUGGCAGAGGGCACGCCCUGAACCUGGCUGCGGGGUCUGCGUGGGAGCCGGGGCCUGCAGGAGCUGGUUUUAUACGCAGGAUUCCCGCCUGGGGCACGAGGCGGGCCGCAGGCGGCACAGUGGGCCAUUCACCCUGGCAGGGACUGGGGGCCUAACUCAGCCCCGGGGAGGGCCUGGCCAUAAUGCCUCAGCUGGCCCUGGCCGCUCGCAGCUCAGGGGCUGUUUUGGGGCUUUUCGUUGUGUAGAAUUUCUAGAAUCCCCAGGGCGCGUGCUGGUGCCCACAUUACAUUUCUAAGAGUG